AUGAAGCCUAUACUAGCAGGUCUGGCUUUUGAGAGCAAAAAGGGCCCCAAGAUGCGUCCGCCUAUGCGCUCCAGCAUUGCUUGCCUCCGGUGUCGCAAGUCCAAGAUCAAAUGCGAGAACAAUGGCGGCACGAGCCCAUGUGAUAGUUGUCUCAAGACUGGCAAGGACUGUGUCUUCAAGCUUCCGGAACCAAACCAGGCGCCUCCCAAGAGAAACGAUCCGCCCUCAACAAUGAAGCAGGAGAGAGAUGGAGGCUCAGACAGGAAGAAGCUCAAGAAAAUCGAUGAGCUCUCCAAGCUCGACAACGAGAAGGGUACUCUCUUCGCCGACGAGGUUCUCUCCGUUCCUUUUCUCACAGAGGACAUCUGGGAUCAGGUUCUUGAUUUAUACAAGCUUCACUUUGCCCCCGAGCUACCCUUUUUGCAUUUGCCGACCAUGAAGGAGAAGCUGGGCCGCAGGUUUAGGAGCCAACAGCCCGAUCCAAAUCCAGAUUUCAACCUGGUAUUACUAGGCAUUUUGACGCUGACCGCUAGGUAUCAUCCAGAUCUGGUCAAGUAUCUGGCUCAUAUCUGCAAUUCCCAGGGCGGCAACGCAAGGUCCCGGCCCGUCCAGACCCAGGUUGACCCUGCUGCGGCAUCUGAAUACUAUGCGGAAACUCUCACCCGUGCUUUGGGGUCGAUGAGGAAUGCUAUGGGGUCCGCGUCCGUCGAGCGUGUCCAAGCUCUGUUGAUGCUUGGGCUAUAUGAGUGGGGCCAGACGCGGCCAAAUACUGGUGGUCUAGGGGCGUGGAUGUUCGUUGGUAUUGCUGUCAGAAUGGCUCACUUCCUUAAGCUUGGCUCCAUCGACAGGGAGUUCAGAAAGGUUGGUCAGCAUGUUGAACGUCAAAAUGGCUCUAUCAGCGAAUCUCAACUCAUCCUGGAACGAGAAGUCUGCCGACGAACGAUGUGGAGCUGUUUCAUUCUCGAUCGAAUGCUGGCCUGCGGCAAGGAACGGGUAGCCAUUAUUGAUUCGACCAAGCUCUUGAUUCAAUUGCCUUGCUCGGAGGAUAAGUUUGAUCUGGAGAUGGACGCCAGCACUGGUUUCCUCAAUCCCUCGCGAACCGAUCCGCGUGUUACCGAUGACAGUGUUCUGAGCCGUUUUGUACACCUCGUAGGGCUCUGGGGGGACAUCUCAAGAUACAGCGUGGAUGGAGGCCGCCUGACUGAGCAGCGACCUCCCUGGGACACGGAGACGAGGUUUUGUCAGCUGCGCGAGCGGCUUUUCGUGUUUGAAGAAAAUCUUCCAGGCACAUUCACGUUCUCCCGUUCGAAUUAUUUCAAGCAUGAAAAUCACCAGGCCUCAAGCGUCUACGUCCUGCUUCAUAUGCUCAGGAAUGUGUGUAUCAUUAUGCUACAUAGAGAAUACAUUCCCUUUGUGCCCAUACGUUGCAAGGGACCAGAAGGUCCACUUGACAACCCUGUAUUCCCCAAGGAGCAGACGCCGGAUGGCUUCUGGCUUGAUAGCGCGGAACAGGUUUUCAAGGCAGCCCGAGAGAUCAUAGACUUGAUUGAAAUUUGCCAAAAGAAGGACAAACUCCCGCAAUCGACUAUUGUCAUGUUCGCUAUAUGGACUGCAGCAUUUGUGGUUCUGUAUGCCAUCCAUUUUGAGCAAAUGGAUGUGCAAGAACACGUUCUCAGCCACAAGUGGAACGAGCCUCACGAGGGCGAGAGGGAUGUGGACAUAUUUCGAUACGGUCCCCUAGGUCUGACCUAUACUACGCUUACCAAGAUGUCGGUGUGUCUGAGCAUGGCAAGCACUUACAUUACGGUUUUGCAGAAGAUGGACGCGUAUUUCAUCAAGAUCAAGCGCGACUAUGAGGUUCAUGUGGACCAUAAUCGCGCACUGAGCGAGAAGACAAGUCUGGGCGUCCGGCACGGUGGUAAAGGUGGAGGCCUCGAAGAGUACAAGCGCAUGGCGCUCCUCAAAGAUUUCGGUCAUCUGGAGCCUUCGGAUAUGUCAAGCAUGGAGGAUCGGUCCAGGGCCAGCACGCUUGAUCGUGCCUCACCCGUCGACAGCCGUCUGCCUUCAUUCAGCCGGGUUCCAACGCCAAGGUCGGGCCCAUCAACUUUCACUGCCAUCAAUCAUGCAUCCGGUCCUUAUGGCGACACCAAUGGUGCACAAAAUGGCUCUGGAGCACAGCAAGACACGUGGAGAGGUGAAAGCAAUACCUUGCGGCCCAUACAAUCUUAUGCCUCCUCAGCCGUGGCCAUGCUUGGCCCUGACAAUGCUACAGGAUCACCAUCCACAAAAGACGAUCCCAGCGAGUUUGAAUUACAUUCCGAGGAACGGAAACGUUUCAAUGUAACCAACGACCUCGGCAUCUUGACACAAAACAAUGAUCCAUGGAUAGAUGGGCAGUUACCCUUUUUCGACCUGUCCGCCGACGCAUUUGGUGGCAUCGCGGCCCACUUUGGAGACGCAUAUUAG